AAAAUAUGAUUGGAAGGUUACCCAUUCAUAUUAUGGACUUUGAUUCUAAAGUCCUAAUAUGAUAUAGAGUUUGAUAUACCAUCUAGCAACCAUUUUACAAAGAGAAAGGUGAGAUUUUGAUCAACUUGUUCAUAGAAGCUCACCUGAUCACGACCGUACCUGAUUACUGCUAUAUAAAACCCCCCAAAACCCUCUCAUUCCGUCAUCUACGAACCCCACUGCUUUUCCAAAACCCUACCCUUCCCAUGCCCACUUCAAUGGCAGCUAAAAUUUCCCGAUCGAUUAUGGCCCUUCGUUCCUCCUCCCAAUCUCUCCUAACCCUUCGAUCCACACCCCCGCUUAGCUCCCUCUCCAAACGCUUCCUCUCCUCUUCCCUCCAACAACCGCGUCCUGUCCCGGUUCGGUUCUGGCCGGCAAUUCCCCUCUCUUCGCGGCUCAAUCAGGUCCGUUUUAGGGUGAACCGGGCUGGAAAAUCCGGCUACUCGCCGCUCAACUCCGGUUCGAACUUCAGCGACCGGCCUCCCACCGAGAUGGCCCCGCUGUUCCCGGGUUGUGACUACGAGCAUUGGCUGAUUGUCAUGGAUAAGCCUGGCGGUGAGGGUGCUACCAAGCAUCAGAUGAUCGACUGCUACAUCCAAACCCUAGCCAAGGUCGUUGGAAGUGAAGAGGAAGCAAAGAAGAAGAUUUACAAUGUGUCGUGUGAGAGGUAUUUUGGGUUUGGCUGUGAGAUUGAUGAGGAAACCUCGAAUAAGCUUGAAGAUCUGCCCGGUGUUCUUUUUGUCCUUCCAGAUUCUUAUGUUGAUCCUGAGAAUAAGGACUAUGGAGCCGAGCUGUUUGUCAAUGGAGAGAUAGUUCAGAGAUCUCCUGAGCAGCAAAGGAGAGUGGAGCCCCAGCCCCAGACAGGCAGAGAUAGACCAAAAUACAAUGACAGAACCCGAUAUGUGAGGCGUCGAGAGAACAUGCGAUAAAGCUGAAGAAAUGAAGCCUAGUGGCACAUUGUGGAUGAACAACUCUUUACACAAUUGCUUGGGUUGGUUGUAUUUAGAUAUCUUGUUCAUUUUAGGAUUACCUUUGGUUAUGUGACUGCAUUCUAAUACCAGAAAAUUUCAGGUUGGGACUUGAACUGUUGUAUCACCAUGAACUUUUGGUGUGGCUGUGACAAUGUUUCCAGUGGUAUAAUAUGGCAAUUUUGAACA